AGCAUCUCAUUAUCAAAAGAGAACAAUUUCAUUAUCUCCAUCUCGUAUUCCUAAAUAAUAUAUUUGAGAGAGUGCUGUAAUUUGUAUUUUUUCUCAAUCAGUUGAUCACAGCUUCACCUCUCUUCAUCUCCUUUCCGCAGAUUUAUUUGAAAACAGACGCUCUUGAGAGUGAGCACGCGACGCGUCUGAGGGAGAAGCUCGCGCUCUUUGUUCAUUCAUUUGAUCUGCGAUUCUUUGUUGCGUGUGAAACCAUGGGAGCGCAAAUCUCUAAAAACGGAGCAAAAGACGAGACUGCUGCCGAAAAACCAGCCGAGGCUGCGAAUAAAUCAAACGGGCAGGAGAAUGGCCAUGCUAAAACCAAUGGGAAUGCCUCUCCAAGUGCAGAAGCAGCCACGGAGGAUGUACAGGCCAAUGGAAAGCACUCUGCUGAUGAGGAGGUGAAAGCAGAGGAAGCAAAGGCCGAGGAAGGAGGUGCAGAGAAUGCUGCUCCUGAGGGCCAAGUGGAAAGUUCCACCGUCGGCAAUGGUGAAGACACAGCCAAAACAGAAGAAAACGGUUCUGCUUCGGCGAGCAGUGAGCCCGUCAAGACCAAAAAGCGCUUCUCCUUUAAGAAACCAUUCAAACUUAGUGGCUUCUCUUUUAAGAAGAGCGCUAAAAAGGAUGCUGAAGGUGGAGAGGCGGCAGCAGCAGCAGCUGUGGAGAAUGGUGAACCGAAGAAGGAUGCUGAACCAGAAUCUGAGGAGGCCAAGCCUGAGGCCUCCAGCGACGAGAACAAGACGGAGGCUCCAGCUGAGGAACCGAAAGCUGAGGAGCCAGCUGAAAACAAAGAAGAAAAACCAUCCAGUGAGGUAGCCGAAGAGAAGCCAGCUGAGGAGAAGCAAGCCGAGGCUGCUCCUCAGGAACCAGCAGCCGCAGAGAGCUCAGAUGCCCCAGCCACUGCCACAGAGUAAGAUGGAGGGUAAAAAGCCCAUUUUAAGUGACGUCAGAGGAGCACAAACAUGGAAAAUUUGUACAAAAACCAAUGACAUUUCAAGCCGUCAGUUUUCUCCCAUACUUUUAUCCAUUCCUGUUUCAUCCACUACAUUGUAUAUGGCAUUUUGAAGGAAGGAAGUUGGAUGGAAUGAUUUGAAGUGAAAGGCACAUUUCCCCCCUUUUUUUGUAGCAGUUGUGUGGCUGUGUGUGGAUGAGUGAGAUUAAUAGAGCAUUGCUUGUUUCAAUUGUUGUUGUUGUUGCUGUUUUUGUUCAUUUUCUUUUGUAGGUGAACUAUGUUAGUGUCAUAAGGACAUUGAGUUAAAAUGUUAGUUGAAGGUACUGGUGCCAUACAAUUUGGUAAAUCAAGUGUGUGGAAAAAGGAGCUAUCAGAAAAAACGUAAUUGAACAACUUACAGAUGUUACUGGUCAGUUCUCAUUUGAUUUUACAGACAUCAUUACAUGAAUCACCAAAACAGGUGCUCAAAACCUCAGCAGAUGCAUUGUGCAAUACUGCAGCAUUACGUAUUUGUAUUGGCUUUUGUCUUGCUGGAUUUUACAGUGUUGAUCAUAUUUUCUUUCUUAAUAUCUAUGGUAUCAAGUUUGAAGUAUGAAGUUUUUUUUUCCCUCUCUUUCUAUAAUCCUGUUUCAAUGAGAAUGAUUUUUUUUAAAUGUUUAACAUCAAAGCAUUUGACCUGUCUUGUGUAAUGCAGUCCAAGUGGUUUUUAUUCCAGCAGAGUUCCACAAAUGUUUGAAAAAUUACCAGUGCAAUCGUCAGGUAGAUUUUUUUUUUUCUCUCCCCCUUUCCUGUAAAUACGUCAGCACCACUCUACUUGAUUUUUAAAUGGAAUGUAAUUGCGUGUAAAUUGUUCACAAUGCUUCUUUUACCCCUUAAUUUUAGGGGCACUCAAAACAAAAAUAAAGGAUUUCGACAGACA